UCUUUGUUGUGACCCAAAAGCAGCUUUUUAUGGAUUUUUGCUCAUUUUAAGCGAAAAAAAUGGGAAAUUCCUUCAGUGUGACUGACUGUUGUCAUCAACUCGUGGACCGAAUGUGUUGUCGCACCGCAAAAAGCGACUUUGACGUCGAAAAAGGAGUUCCUCAACAAGAAAUCUCCAAACUGGGCAUCCCGCAACAAAGCAGCUUCUACAUUCCAUCGAGCACAACUACCGAAAACCCGCCGUCCUCGACAUCAUCAACUCGCAUCGCAGCAAUUUUGAGUUCCAAUUCGAGUCAGGCAACAACUUGGUCCAAAUCCGGUAGCGAGGAGGAGAUUCAGAAAUGGACUGACAUUGAUUUGCCGCGAAUUUAUCAACCGCUGAGUGCGCCCAUCGAUACGCCCGAGAAUGUUCAGCGAUUUCGGCGUGGCGGCGAUCGUGGUACGAUUGUUUUUGUCUCGGAAAUGCCGAAAGUGACGCGUCAGAAGGAGAUUCCGGGAAUUCAUAGCUUGACGCAGAAACGAACGAUUUGGACAAAGACGAAAGAUCGCAUUUUGGGUACGAAACGCAGGCAGAUGCAGAUCCAGAAUUACCUGGCGAAGCACAAAAGUGAUGAGAUUUCGCCAGAAAAUGAAGGAAAAGAUGUUCCGCGAGCCCAAUUGGGAGUAUUGGAGUCGGAUUUAUGAGAUUUUUUCAGAGAAAAUAUUUGAACUCGAGAUUUUUUUUUUAAGGAAAUUAUUUAAAAUUAUUAGUUUUUAAGUAAAGUUGAGAGAACUUUUGUACAAGUUAUGACUAAAAAUGAGAGAAAAUAUGAUUAAAAAGAGGAAUUGACAAGAAAAUUUAAGAUAUUUCAAGCUUUUUAGGUUAAAAACUUAAGAAAUUCAAAUUUUAUGAAGAUUUUUCACAAAAAUUUUUA